UGACAGAAAACCUAUUGACCAACCACAGCACAGAUCUUUAAUGACCAAUCGUGAACCGAACCAGGGACGCUUGUAUUGACGCUUGUUCAAAUCAACUCCGCGGUUUAGCUUGUCAGACUCCUCUCCUCCCAUGGGAAACGCCAAGGACGCAUAGAAACCGCAGGAACAACAAAACAUUCACAGGUGGAGCACUAUGCUGGAUUCGGCUCAGAAUCGGCGGCGCGGGGCACUUGACUUUGGAAGUUACUAUGACAACUCGUGCGCAGCGCAGGGGUCGGCCCCCGUUGUAGCGGUGAAGGCGCACCAGAGCAGGGGGAUGCUGGACUUCAACGGAGAUCGCGUCUGCUUGACUGACUGGACUCCCAUUCUGAGUGCGCUCGCCAUCAAUAACCAGUUACAUCACGUUGCCAUCAAGAGUACCCACCUGUCUACCCUAGGAGCUCAGGGUCCAGUGAAGCGGCCCGGACGGAAGAAGACUCCGGCGCUGCACUCCAGGAGUGUGACGUUGGCUCUGUGUCGUGCUUUGCAGAAGUGCCUGUGUGUGUCAGAACGUCUCCACACUCUCCACCUCAUUGGCUUGCCCCUUAGAGAGAGAGACCUCACUGCCCUCACCAAGGGUUUGGUGAAGAGUGCGUCACUGGAGAGUCUGUCUCUUGCCCAGUGUCCUAUAGCAGAUCAGGGUUUGGAGAUCAUCUGCCAGAGUGUGAAGUAUUCCUCCUCCAUCAAGACUCUGGACUUCAGCUGCUGCAACAUCACUUGGCAGGGAGCAGAACACCUAGCCAAUAUCAUCAAGCACCAGGCAGGGCGCAGACACGGCACAGCGUGGGCAGAGUCCCUGCGCUACAGGAAGGCAGAGUUUGAGGGCAUGAGUGGGCUCCGGCGCGUCACGCUCAACGGAAACAUCCUGAUCGGGGACCAAGGAGCCGCUGCCCUCGCUCAAGAGCUGGAUGACGACCUGUGGGUCAAAGCCGUGGAUCUGCAGAAGUGUGGUCUGUCAGAUGAGGGGGCGCGGUCACUGCUGCAUGCGCUCCAAUCAAAUCAUUGCCUUCAUGUGCUGGACAUCAGGAGCAAUCCACUAGUGGAAAGCUCACUUGUGAAAGACAUCAUCACACGAGUGCUUCUCAACACUAAUGGCCAAGACUCUCAGUACUUGUGGAUCAGACCCCAAGCCUUAAGAGAAGCUCAGAAAAUGAGGGUGGGGAGAAGUAGUGUUGGGAGAAUCAGACGAGGUUCUAGCAAAGCUUCACAUGUGAGCGUUGGAUCCGCCCGGCCGGCCUCCUCCGGGUGUAUCCCAUGGCGCACUGCUGCACGGGCAGGAAAAAAGAGGGGCGCGACCCUCGCUACACCCGAGUACAGCUUUCAGGGUGCCAUGUCAGUCAAAGUCACCACGGAGACGGAGUCCGAGUCGGACCCAGAAGAGACCGAGUCACAGUCCCAGAGUUCAGUGGCACUGAGUGGCCAGGAACAAAUCCCCAGCAGCCAAUACAACAGACUCAAGGUGGAGCUAGAGGAGUGUCGACUCAGACUCACAGAGGAGAGAAACGCCAGGCUGAGAGCCAACUCCCGUUUGGUCGAGCUCGAGCUGGAGAAUGCUCGUCUGCGGAGCAUGAACGAGCACAUUUCCGAGAUGGUGGAGAAUCCUGCCAGCUCUGCUUUGCUGGAUGACACCGUUCUGGACAGCAUUGAAUCCUCCUUCUCCAAGUUCCAUGCGUUCCUCAACCUGCUGUCUGAAGCCGGGCUUGGCCAGCUUGCCUCCAUGGUAGGGAUUGACCAAUCAGACUUCAGUAUGGUGGGGCGGCCGCAGCUGUCAUCCACAGGACGUGGGAUAGAAGGAGGAGCAGGGGAUCUGGAGGCCGUUUCCAUGCAGAAGCCCACUGGAGCCCUCAGGUCUCCCCCUCCCACCUCUCCACCACCAGAGCCUCAUCAUGGGGCACCUCUUCUCGCUGCUGCCCCCGCUGGUGUCGAUGUGGAAGUGCAUGAUGAGCGCUACCUGUCUUCACCUGCUCCAGAGAUUGUGUGCUCCCGGCGGUCUACUCCCCAGAGUGUUGGCUCCAUCAGUUAUGGUUCCGCCAGGGCGAAACUCCCCAGACACGACGGCUCUCGUGGCUCCAGCUCCCAUAGCAAUGGCAUGAAAGACAAUGGCGACCGUAGCAACAGUUCCCAUGGCAGUGGCCCUAAGGGCAGAGUUCCCUGCAGUCACAGCUCUCAUAUCAGCCCCAGAGACAAUGGCUCCAGUGGUGACAGUAGUCAUAGCGAUGUGCUUGGACAAUACAGUUCCCAUAGCAAUGGGUCUCAUGGAAAUGGCUCAAGGGGGUUGUAUGCGACUGGGGCUGAGGGGGAGGGGGAGGGGGAGGGGAAGGCUGCCCUGGUCUUGGAGUCUCUCGCACUCUCCUCAUAGUUGUGUCACUUGCAAUAGUUCAUUUGCCAAAAGCACAGGCCUUGAUGUUUUAAAAUGUCCUAAAUGGAUUAAACACGAAUAAUUGUUUGUUUACUAGUUCUCUGGAAAAUAAAAUGUUGAUUUUGUA